AUCGUCAAAAUUAAAAACAUUCGAAGCUGUAGGCGACUUGAGCAUCUCACAGCGAAAUAUAAUAUAAUUUUCAGUCGAAGAUUAGCUACACGAAAGCAUGUUUAAAGUUGUUUUAUUCGAUAUUUCUUGUUUAUAAUGCACAUAUAGCGGAUAUGGGAUCAUACAAGUUCGUCUCAAUCGCUCUGUCUUUAAUGAUUUCUUUUGUGACAACGUCGGCGUAUACCCAUUAUCGUUUGCCUACCUCCAUAAAACCGGACCACUAUAAUCUGAAGAUCGUUUCUUAUUUGGAAGAGAGCAAAAACUUUACAUUCAAUGGUCUAGUUUCAAUACAAUUCGACGUUCUAGAGGAUACCUCAAAUAUAACACUACACCUACGGAAUUUGACGGUGGAGGAAAGCCGAAUUGAACUUUAUAGCACCGGAGAUGAUGGGGAGAAUUUCACAUUUUGUCUAAGAAAUAUAGAUAAGGUACCCGACCUUGACUAUUUCAUAAUACAACUGUGCGAAGACCUACACUCUGGCCAGAAAUACAAUUUGACAUUACGAUUUUCGGGGACUUUAAACGAUGAACUAAAUGGUUAUUAUCGCAGUUCGUAUGUGAAUGGCAGAAACGAAACUACUUGGCUGUCGGUAACACAAUUUGAACCUACUUAUGCUCGAUCGGCCUUUCCAUGUUUCGACGAACCCAAUUACAAGGCGAAUUUCACCAUAUGGUUGGGACAUCAUAAGUCCCUUAAAGCCUUGAGUAACAUGCCUGUAGAGACACAGAUCCCCUUAGAUGAUGUGGAGGAUUUUGUAUGGAGCAUAUUUAAGGAAUCGCUGGUCAUGUCCACUUAUUUGGUGGCAUUUAGCAUCAAUGAUUUUGAGAGUAUCGAAUCGAAACACAAUGAUUCCGAUGUUAUUUUCCUUACCUGGUGUAGACCAGAUUGUUAUGGACGUUGUUUGUAUGCAGCCAAAAUCGCUCCGGAUAUCCUUAGGUUCUAUGAGGUCAUGUUUGACAUACCAUUUCCACUGACAAAAGUCGAUCAAAUUGCAGUGCCGGACUUUUCCCAAAAUGCCAUGGAAAAUUGGGGCCUUAUCACUUACUAUGAAGCGAUACUGCUUACCAAGACCAAUGGUAGCAGUAUUGGCAGUGAGGAAAAACUAAUGAUAGCCAUCACUGUAGCCCAUGAAUUGGCUCAUCAGUGGUUUGGCAAUUUGGUUACUAUGGAAUGGUGGAAUGAUAUUUGGUUAAAUGAAGGAUUUGCCACAUACAUUUCAACAUUGGGGGUGGGUAGCCUCUAUCCCGACCUGCCAUGGUACGCAUUUGAUACCUAUGACAAUUUCAAGGAAUUCUUUAUAGCCGAUGCCGAACCAAGCAGUCAUGCCAUAUCAAAAAACAAAUGUAACUCAAGCGAGAUAAUGCAAAGUUUUGAUGCCAUAGCGUAUCGAAAAGGAGCUGCUGUAUUGCGGAUGACCCACAAGUCUAUGGGCCCUGAUUGGUUCUUUGCUGGGGUAUGUGGUUAUUUAAAUAAACAUAAAUAUGCGAAUGCCGAACAGGAUGAUCUGUGGCAGUCGUUUAGGGAGGCGUUUCUAAAAUCGUCGAGUAGCUUAAAACCUCCAACGGACAUAAAAACCAUUAUGGAUUCUUGGACUCUGCAGGCGGGCUAUCCGUUGCUUCAAGUCAAACGUAAUUAUGAAACGGGCGUUGUAGAAAUUUCCCAAAAAAGAUUUUUGGCACAUGACGUAAACCAGACCAAACCGGAAGAAAAUUCCAACCAAUGUUGGUGGAUACCCCUGAGCUAUACAACAGCUGCGGAAUUGGAUUUCAAUUCCACCGAAGCUAAAGUAUGGCUGGAAUGUGAUUUGCAGUCUGGUAGCAGUAGUUUAAGUUUAAAUCCUCCCAAUGGCGUGGCCCCUACUGAUUGGAUAAUAUUUAAUAUUCAAAUGGUUGGUGUUUACCGAGUUUCAUACGACCAUCAAAAUUGGCGUCUCUUGGCAGCCACCUUAAAUAGUGAGCUCUUCGAGAACAUCCACGUAAUAAAUCGCAUGCAAAUUCUUGAGGAUAUCUAUGCUGUGGCCAAGCAAGGCGAACAAAGCUAUGAACUUUAUUUUGAGAUAUUAGAAUACUUGCAGCGGGAACAAGAAACAUGGCCAUGGGAACCAGCUGUGGUCGGCCUAAAAGAACUUUCCGCAAUUUUGGCACCAUUCCCAUUGGUGAGUAAAUAUCUAAAUAAAUUCAUGCGCUACAUAAUAGAACCCUACUAUCAUCAUAUUGGCGGAUUGAAUGACGCAGUCGAUAUGUCCGAAAUUCACAGCCAACUUAUUAUGAUUGCUUGCCUAUUGGAAACGGAACAUUGUGUUCAAACCGCCCUAAAUUAUUUUGAACAAUGGAAAAGUAUAUUUAACACCACCGAGAUUAAUGCUUUGUCAAGCGAAUUGAAAGUCAUUGUCUUCUGCACGGCUGUUCGAUUUGGUCCUGUGGAUAACUGGGAUUUCCUAUGGCAACAAUACGUGGAGUCGCGUGAAGAAGAAAUGCUCCUAGGUUUGGGUUGUUCUGCAAGCGAAACAGUACUGAGAAGAUUUGUUAAAAAUUAUCUGGAUUUGACAAAUGGGUCUGAAAACGGAACACACGAUGUUUUUUAUUACAUAUUUAGAAGUGUAACAGGCGUGAAAAUUAUUCGCGAAAAUUUUAUAGACGCCAUAACUAAUUCCACGGCUAUGACGGAUGUGAAUACACUUUUGUUAUGUAGUUUUAAUUUAGUUCUUCCCAAUGAUUUGAAUACGUUCGAGGAUUUGAUCAAUCUGAAUCCGGAUUAUUUUAAGGACUACGAAGAAAUGGUGGAGUACACUCGCAGUACCAUCAACUCCAAAGUACAAUGGAUUGAGCACAAUCUUGAAGUUAUUAAAUCAUAUUUACAUAAGCGUCUGACACAAAUGGGGAUUCUUGAGAAUAAUGUCGACGAUAAUAACAGCUGACACUUAGAGAAACACUGAAUUUUGACAUACAGGGUGAGAUAAAAAAAAUUGCAACAAAGUCAAAUGCCAUAAUUUUUAUUUUUUUUAAUUUUAUUGAAUGUAAGCAAAAAAAUGUCGGAAAUAGCAUCACAUUUUAGCAUAAGUUUAGAAUUGUUCGUAUUGGUCACCUUUGGUACGAAUUAUGGCCUUCAAACGACCAAUGAAGCCGUCACACGCUGCCCGAAUGUUGCUCUGCGUAUUUUGGCCUAUUCUCGGCCAAGAGCUUGCUUGAGAUGAUAGACACCAUGGUACUUUUUAGUGCCAACCUUGCUUUCCAAAAUACUCCAGACACAAAAGUCCAACGCAUUGGUAUCCGGAGAUUUUGGUGGCCAUUGUGUGGAAAUGAAGCGAGGAACCUCAUUUUGUAACCAUUCUUGGGUGUUGGUUGGCGUGUGCUGAGUCCUUUUGGAAUGUCCAAGGUCUGCGGCCAAAAUGUUUGCGUGCUCAAGGCUUUAAUACACCCUCCAGAAUAUUUUGGCUUUUAUUUUGAUGCCACGGUCGAUUAAUACGAGCGGAGAGCGUGGCACAUUUUUACAUACACAUUUUCAGCUAACCUCUUUGGCAAGUAAACACGAUAAUUUUGUUUGUUAACAAACUUCUGGACAACGUAUGUUCUCUCAUCGGAGAAAACCAAAUUCGGCAGUUCACCACUUUCACUUUUGAGUCUAUUUUCUUUCCCUGGCGUCGUAAGUUUUUGCACUUUUUGGAAUUUCAUUCUUGAAUAUUUGCCGAAUGGAAUAUUGCGAUAUGUUCAGCCCACGAGCCAUUUUUCGGCCACUACGACGCGGGUUUCGAUCAAUUCGCUUCUUUGCUUUUCGAAUUAUUUAUGCUGAUAUUGCUGCUUUCUUCCGUCCACUUGCUUGACGUCGGGCUGCGCUACCAGUAUCACGGUAACGAGCAAUGGUACGAGACACAAAAGAUCUAUUCACAUUUAAAUGCUGGAGUGCCCCAACGGCUAAUUUGUGGGUUUCCAGCCAAAUAUAAAGAAAUCACACUAUCACGCUUGAAUUCAACCACGAAUAACUUUUUUAUGGAAAAUUCUUUUGUUCGCUUAUAAUGAUCUGUCACUGGAAUAAUUUUAACAGCUGUCGGACGAGUGGCUUAGAAAUGACAGCAGUCUGAAGUUGGUUGCAGUUUUUCAUCACACCCUGUAUAUAUACAUACUUCUCAGGAACAAAAACUAAUCGCAAUACCCUUACAAUUAUUUUUCCAUCAAAGAUAAACGUGUAUCUCACGACACAUUCGGCAACUUUGUUUUGUCGAAAAUAAAUCUUUGUCUCAUAAAACAAUUACAAAUUAGCAGUCUUUGGAGAUGCAAAGACUGCCAUCCAACGAGAGUACAAGUCGAUACAUAAAUAUGAAUGCAUUUAUAGUUUGCUUUACAAUAUAAGAUUUUAGCUAGAAAUUAAAAUAAAACUUCGCAUGGUCUUCCAAAAA